AUGUGCUCCACGGCGUCGCAUGAGCAACGACAGACUGGCAGACUGGCAGACUGGCAGACUGGCAAAGCUACCCGCAGCACGGCAAAGGCGCUUGCAGACACGAACAAGCUUGGGAAACUAGGGCGAGCGUUGGGUGCUGGAAGUGGCCUGCCGCGCUCGCAUCGCCGUCGCAGCCUCCGCCCGGCGUCGUGGGCGCCUGUCCGUAGUGACAGCAGCAAUCACGCCGGCUCGUCCUCUGCGCGCGAGCCCACGCCGCCCGCCGUCUCGUCGCCCUCGUCCUCGCGCCGCCCGCAGUCACGGCUGACGCGGGCACGCAGCUCGCUGGGCUCCCUCAGUGCGCUCCUGCACAGCCGCCCAUCGGCCAGCUACCGCCGCACCGAGCCCGUCCUCAGCCUGGCGGCCACGCCGCUCAGCACCACAAGGCCCCUCUCGGCCCUCCACCAGUCGCACAGCGCAACCGGACCGUCGCUGCCCCACGUCCCCGCCAUCGCAGACCUCGACCUGGACUUCGACAGCCUCCUCGGCCACGGCACGAGCAGAGACCGCGCCGACUCAAACAGAUCCCGCCCGCCAAGCUCGCUGCGACGGGACGGCCGUGCGCUCUCUGUCCUGCCCCGGCUGCGCAACACGCUGGGCUCGCGGAGGCGGCGCUCGCUAUGGCAGGACGACGAGAACAUGGACAGCAUCGAGCGCCUGCGCCGGGGCGAGGACCAGGCCGACGUGCUGUCUCGUCUGCUCUCGCUCGCCGCAGCAGCGACGGCUGCCUCGCUCGUGGGCGAAGACCACCACGCCGCCACCCGCGACGGCACCUUCGACACGUUUCUGCAGUCGCUGCAGAACGGGAGCAUAGCAUCCGCGCUGCGAGGCAACGAGGGCGGCGAAGGCGGCGACUCUCCCGGAGGCACCCCGGCACCGCUGAACUUCUUCAGGAUGUUCCGCUUUGGCACCUCCAACGCCACGAGCAGGAACAGCAGAGAGCGCAGUCGAGGCAGUGGCUCUGGCUCAGACGCGCAGGACGCCGACGACAGCGAAGGCCGCAUGGUGCCCAUCAUCAUCGUCGGCAUCCGUUCCAUCAACCCAGCAUCUGGCACAGGCCAGGACGACGGCAACAUUCCGCCGUUCCUCGACGCCCUCUCCAGCUUCCCCACACCUCCCACAUCGCCCGGCGACAACGACACGCUACUUCAACCGCAGAACGGCACACGCUUCAGCCACCGCCGGCGUGCGUCCAUGGGCGGCUUUAGCUUCCCCUCCAACUACGACAGUCAGAGACACCACCGCGCAAGAGCCCAAGACCCCCCGCGUCCUUUCUCGCCCUCGUUUGCGGACUCACCGCCAGGCCCGCAGCCUCCGCCUUCUACACCUGCCACAAACGCAGCUCUGUCUGCCGAUCCCUCGGGCUCCACUACACCAGCUGCUGCAACUACACCGCCGUCGUCCACACCGCACUCGAACGCGCCCUCGCGCCGUGGCAGCUUUAUACGGAGGUCACCAGGCUCGACACUAGAGCCAACCGAAGAGGAGGAGUCACAGCCAACAACACGAAGCCCGCGCCAACGUCGUCUAAGCGAGUCAGACUUCACGAGAUAUGGCGCUGGCGCGCCGAGAAGACGAGGCGUGGUCGAGCCAGACAACAACCCUGGCGAGGGCUCCAGGAGCUGGAUCAUCUACGUUCUGGGUGGCAGCUACCCAGAGAACCACCCCAUCCUUACGACACCGAGCCUCUUCACCGACUCCCCAACAUACGAGGACAUGAUGCUGCUAUCGUCCAUUCUCGGGCCUGCAAAAGCACCCGUUGCUAGCGAAGGAGACGUAGCAGCUGCACCUGGGCUGUUCAGGAUCGUACGCACCGUCACUGGUCUCACGGCAGAGGCAUUCGAGGGCGAAGAGACGAUCGAACUGGCAGGCGAUGCCCGCUGCCUGGUGUGUCUCUGCGACUUCGAGGCAGAAGAGGAGGCGAGGAAGCUCGUCAAGUGCGAGCACAUGUUCCACAAGAUCUGCAUUGAUCAGUGGCUCACGACCGGCCGUAACUCCUGCCCGCUCUGCAGAGGACAAGGCGUCGACGAAACGCCCGCACCUGAUGUCCCCGGAGCUCCUACUCCAUCCUCCACACCGGCUCCACAGGCUGUCGCGUAG